ACUGUUGGGCUUUCGCAGAGCGAUGCCUGUUACCGGGAGACGCCUAAACAUGACGACCGAAUUAUAUCAGAAAGCCGAGGGGGAGCUGCUGAAAACAUUUUUCGUUUCACCGUCGGACAACUUAUGUUUUCAUGGGAAAUGUACUUAUUAUUGCGAUACGUCGCAUGCUAUUUGUGGAAAUCCGGAUAUGCUGGAGGGAAGUUUCGCGGCGUUUUUGCCGUCGAAGGAGUUCGCGCCGAGAAAGGUUUGGAGGCAUCCCUGGAGACGCUCGUAUCACAAAAGGAGAAAAGCUCAAUGGGAAACUGAAGCUAAUUACUGUUCAGUUGUCCGUGAAAUUCCGCCGUAUGAUCAAGGGCGACGGUUAUACGAUCUCAUGGACAUGGCCGUUUUCGACUUUAUGACCGGAAAUAUGGAUCGACAUCAUUACGAAACUUUCAAGCUGUUUGGAAAUGAUACCUUUCCGCUCCAUUUGGAUCAUGGCAGGGGAUUCGGUAAGCCUUUCCACGACGAGUUGUCCAUACUAGCUCCGGUGCUACAAUGUUGCAUGAUUAGACAAAGCACCUUAGAAACUUUGCUCAAAUUUCACAACGGACCCGUAAAAUUAAGUGCUGCUUUACGUAAAAGUUUAGAUGACGAUCCGGUAGCGCCGAUAUUGUGGGAGCCACACUUAGAAGCCCUAGACCGAAGGGUUCAAAUUAUACUCAAGGGUAUAAGAGAUUGUGUGCAGAAAGGAGAAGAUUUAGGAUCAGAAGGCAAUGACGCGAACGAAGACGACACGUAGCACUCGCCCUCUCUGGCAGGGUAUCGUUAAUGUAAAUUUUUGUGAAUAUUGUACAUUGUUUAGAUAGAUCUAUUGUUUUAAUGAUGGGAUUAAGUGCAUUUUAUCAACGUCGUAUUUACAAACAAGGGAGCUUGCGUAAUGAUCACCAUUAGCCCGGGGGUGUGAAAAAGGACGAGGGCUUUUGAAAUAAGCAGCCUGGCUGUCUUAAAGCUGUAAAAAUUGCGUGUACGUGCUGUGGGUACGAUGUUGAUAUGAAUUAAGUUUAUUUUUGCAUUUAAGUUAUUUAAUUUAAUUUUUAAUACCAAAUAUUAACUAACGCGGUGCGCCAAUUAACCAGAACUCUACUGUAUAUAAAUGACGAGUAAGAUAUAAUUAAGUGUCUAUUGUAUAACAUGCCGAUUUUAUUUUUAAUUUAAUUACUACGUCAUGCACAAAUGACCGAACGUGCAUAUUCAUUCAUCGGUGAUUUAAUUUACCAAAAAUUAGAUUUUAGGUUUUGCUUCUAUACAAGAGUGUGGUUUCAUUGUAAUAAUAUUACCAUCUACAAUACAGAAAAUGGUGGUAUUUGUAAAUAUUAAUAUAGUCAAUUGUUGUUUAUCUAUUAUGUUAUCUUAGUUCUUUUGCUUCUGUUGUUUUUAUUUUCUUUUAUUCGAUUAUAGCUCCAUGGUAAUGAUGUCCCAUGUAAAACCACGUCCUAAAACGGGAUCUACCAAAGCAGACUGUAUUUGUACAUUAUGAAACAAUAAAGUUUACUGUGUUUUGUUUCAA